AUGGCAGACGUACCACCUCUUUCACCAUUCGAACUUCUGAGGAUGGUAACCGAGUUACAACAGGCUAAUCAACGUAUGGCCGAAGAAAACCAAAGAAUGGCUGCCCAGAUUACCGAGCUGAACAAUGCUCGGAUCGAGAAUAACGACAUUCAUCGCCAACAACCAGAAGAUAAUGAACAUCAUUCUGACCCUUCUCAUGUCUCGGAGACCAUCCGAGUUGAGGGAGCUCAACCUGAAGAUGAAAACACCGAAUCCGACGAGCUCGUGGGUCUUUUCACGCCAGAAGUAAUGAACUUUGAGCUACCGCGAAGGUUUAUCUUACCACUAACUCUCACGCCUUACGAUGGGCUCGGAGAUCCGAAGAAGUUCCUCAAGAAAUUCCGAUCAAUAAUGAUCAUUAACGGUGCAUCAGAUACUGUCUUAUGUCGUUGUUUUCCAAAUUAUUUAGAUGGCCCUGCACUUGAUUGGCUUUGUGCUUUACCUGCAGGUUCCAUCUCACGAUUUCAGCAACUGGCCAAGCUAUUUGAAGAACACUUCGCCGGAUCCGCAAUCUAUCUGCAUGACUCUGACUAUCUGAAUACCAUCAAGCAGGGGCAAAACGAAAGUUUGAAGGACUAUAUGACUCGCUUCACAAAAGUCGCCAUCAACAUACCCAACCUCCAUCCCGAAGUCCAUUUGCAUGCAAUCAAAAGCGGCCUCCGACCUGGGAAGUUCCAGGAAACAAUUGCGGUGGCCAAGUCCAAAACCCUUGCCGAGUUUCUGGAGAAAGCCAAAGGCCAAAUCAAUAUCGAGGAGCUCAGACAAGCUCGGAAGCCUGACAAAAAAGCUUAUAGAGAUGAUGAUAAAACUCCAAAUAGUAAGAAAGGUUUUAAACUAACACCUCGUUUUGAUUCUUAUACGCAGUUUAACACUAAGCGGGAGGAUAUCAUCAAAGAGAUUCUAAAUUCAAAACUCAUCAAGCCACCAAGAAAGGCCGGCACCUACCAAGACACUAAGAACGUAGACAAAUCUAAAUAUUGUGCCUUCCACCAGAAGCACGGCCACACCACUGACGACUGUGUGGUAGCAAAUGAUCUCUUAGAACGAUUAGCUCGGCAAGGCCAUCUCGAUAAGUACAUUGGUAGUCACAUUCAAAAGCGUUCCACACCUUUCAGGAACGAGGAUUCGUCAAAACAACAGCACCGAGGAAAAGAAAGGACAACGUCAAAUCAAUAUGAAAAGCCCCGAGGUAUAAUCAAUUGUAUUUUAGGGGGAUACGCCGGCGGAGGAUCCUCAAGCUCGGCCAGAAAGAGAUCUUACCGAGGUAUAUGCUCGGUAGAUGGCUUCCAGCGCGAAGCUACACUCGCAACACAACUCCCCCAAGUGACGUUCACACACGCCGACUUCAAUUCAAACAUACACAACUUGGACGAUCCCGUGGUAAUCACCCUUCAAUUGGGAGAUCUGUUGGUAAGGAAAGUACUUCUGGAUCCUGGAAGCAGCGCCGACGUUCUAUUCUACUCAACAUUCAAAAAAAUGAAGCUUAGCGACAACGCCCUCCAGUCAACAGGAGGAGACAUUGUCGGCUUCUCGGGUGAGCGAGUGCCGAUAUUGGGAUCAGUGUGGUUACAAACCAAACUGGGUGAGCAUCCUCUUUCAAAAACAUGUGAUAUUCAAUAUUUAGUUGUAGAUUGCUUUAGCCCAUACAACCUCAUACUAGGCCGACCUUUUACUCCCCCAAGUGACGUUCACACACGCCGACUUUAA